UUGCAACCCAAAUCUGGGUUCUCUUGCAAACUUCAUCUUCUUCCUCCUAUCUUUUCCCUGCUCAUCCUUCUUCCUUCUUCUUCUUAUUCUUUCUCUCUCUCUCUUAUCCCUUUUUCUUCCUCUCUCAAACUCAGAUCUGGGUUUUAGAAAAGCUGCUUCCUUCUUCGGCUUGCUUUCCGAAACGACACUGAUGUCCUCACCCGGUGAUGCUUGCUUUCCGUCAGAUCAAACUCCAAUGAAGUAGAGACUUGCUUUCCGUCAGCAAGGGCAGGGUUGUUUUGAACUUGCAGCACUUCCGCGACAAGAAUAUGUUCUUUUCUGUUAGUUGGCUUAGGAGAUCUCGGCUUUGCUGUUUAGUAUAUUCAAGAUUAGUUUCCAUGUUAUGUGAUGAAACCCAAAUCUGGGUUUGAGAAUAACCCAGAUUUGGGUUUGAAAAAGGAAGAAGAAAGGAGAAGAGAGAGAGAGAGAGAGAAAGAAUAAGAAGAAGAAGGAAGAAGGAUGAGCAAGGAAAGGAAAAGAGGAAGAAGAUGAAGUUUGCGAGAGAACCCAGAUCUGGGUUUGCAGAGGCAAGGGAAAAGGAAAGGCGCCUGCGCCUCUCAAUCUCACAUCCGUCAAAAAAUGGAAAUUACUCUCCAGCGAUUCCUCAUCCUCAUAGCUUUCUCUUUGUGCUUACACUUAAACGUAGGCUCUGUUCGGAGUCUAUGUCUUGAGGAUCAGCAGUUGUCACUGCUAAAAUUUAAGCAAACACUCAUUUUCGACCCUGCUUCUUCAUUCAAGCUUGUUUCAUGGAAUUCAUCAACGGAUUGUUGUUCUUGGUCCGGCGUCAAAUGCAGCAAUAGUGGCCACGUUAUUGACGUUGACCUCGGCCUUGAGUCGAUUUCCGGUAGGAUUGAUAACUCAAGCAGUCUCUUGAAUCUUCAUCAUCUUCAGGGCCUUAAUUUGGCUAAGAACUUUUUCAGAGGAGAGUUUCCAGCAAAAGUUUUUCAGCUGCCAACUCUACAGAAUCUUGACAUAUCUUACAAUGCAUUUCUUCAAGGGUCUCUACCUGAAUUUCCUGAAAAUGGGUCUUUACAGACCCUGCUGCUGAGAGAAACAAACUUUUCUGGGAUGAUGCCAGACUCCAUUCGGAACCUUAGGAUGUUGUCAACAAUGGAUCUUUCACGGUGCCAUUUCAGAGGGUCGAUUCCAAACUCGACAGGAAGCCUUGCAAACCUGGUUGUUUUGGACUUGAGUCAGAAUCAGUUUUCUGGGUCCAUUCCGUCCUUCGGUAUGUUGAAGAAUUUGAAUGAUUUAGAUCUAUCUCAUAAUGAUUUGUCUGGUCAGAUAAGUUCCACCAAUUGGGAAAACCUUUCAAAUCUUGCAAAUCUUAGGUUGCAAAAUAAUUCACUAGAGGGAAUUAUCCCUUUGUCUCUGUUUUCUCUUCCAUCUUUGCAGACAAUAGAUCUUUCAAACAACUGGUUUUCUGGUCAAAUUGGUGACUUUGCAGUUUUGUAUUGUUCUCAGCUGGUCCUUCUUAAUUUGAGAGGUAACAGGUUAGAAGGUUCAAUACCCAUUUCUUUUUUCAAGCUUCAGGGUCUUGUGGAAGUCGAUCUUUCUUCCAACAACUUCAAUGGCACUUUAGAGCUCAGCAUCAUCCAGAAACUCGAAAAUAUUUCUACACUUGAUCUUUCUUUUAAUCAUUUGUCGGUGGAUGAUGCUGUAGGAAAUAGGCAUAUUUUCUCUGUAAUUUUGGUUUUGCACCCUCCACUUCCGCCUCACUUUACAGAUGCCUCAUUCGGUAAUAUUAAUUUCACUAGUUUCCCUCAGUUAUUGGAAUUAAGGUUGGCCUCCUGCAAGCUGAGGAAAUUUCCAAGUUUCUUGAAAAAUCAGUCAAAUAUGUUGGUUUUAGACCUUUCAAGCAAUCAGAUUCAAGGAGAAAUACCCAAUUGGAUAUUUAAGCUACCUUUGAGAUGGCUCAAUCUAUCGAAUAACUCCUUAACGAAAGUUGAUGGAUCUUUUUGUAAUUUUAGUUCUCUGACGAUCUUAGAUCUCCAUUCAAACCAGCUUCAAGGGGAUAUCUCUAAUGUGUUGUCGCUAGCUCUAUACAUGGAUUACUCAGAGAAUCGAUUCAGCUCUGUUCUUCCUGCUGAUAUUGGUCAUUUCUUAUUCAACACUUACUUUUUCUCGAUAUCAGGUAAUUAUUUUCGUGGAGUCAUCCCUAAUUCAAUAUGCAAUGGAGAACAACUUAAUGUCCUUGAUUUGUCUCAGAAUUCUUUAAGUGGCACUGUGCCUCGGUGUUUGAUUGCUAUGAGUCACAGUAAGGGACUUGGCGUCCUGAAUUUAAGGAGAAACAACUUGACUGGCACCAUUCCUGACGUAUUUUCGGUCAACUGUGGACUACAAACUUUGUAUCUCAAUGAAAAUUACCUGCAAGGAAAGAUUCCCAAGUCCCUGGCUAACUGCAAAGUGCUUGAAGUUUUAGAUGUCGGGAACAAUGGGAUCAAUGAUAGCUUCCCAUGUUGGUUGAGUACUAUAUCCAGUUUGCGGGUUCUUGUUUUGCGAUCCAACAAAUUUUAUGGGUCCAUUGAAUGUCCAACGAGCAAUGACACCUGGCCAUUGCUUCAGAUUGUUGAUCUAUCUUCUAACAAGUUUAGUGGAAAACUGCCAACAAAAUUCUUUGAAACGUGGACAACAAUGAUGGUCAACAAAGAUAAAAUUCAACUAGCAUUUGAUUACCUCAGAUUUGAUAUUUCACUUUAUUCAUUAUAUUAUCAAGAUAUGGUGAUAGUCACCAAUAAAGGUUCAGAGAUAGAAUUAGUGAAGAUCCUAACAAUAUUCACCUCCAUUGAUUUUUCAUGCAACAAAUUUGAAGGGAAGAUACCUGAAGUGAUGGGAGAAUUCAGGGCACUCAUUGUCCUCAAUUUGUCACAUAAUUCUCUCAUGGGUCCAAUCCCUCCAUCUCUAGGAAACUUGCAGCAUCUCGAGUCCUUGGACCUGUCUGCUAACAGUUUAAGAGGCAAUAUUCCUCAGCAGCUGGGAGGCCUGAAUUUUCUUGAGGUCCUCAACCUCUCACGCAAUCAAUUGGAAGGAAGAAUCCCAAAAGGAAAUCAACUUCAAACAUUUUCAGAAGAUUCUUUCAAAGAUAACAAGGGAUUGUGCGGGACCCCUUUGAGAGAUUGUGGAGCUAAUAUGCAGCCACCAUCUACCGCACCAACAUCUAAAGGCAACAAUUUAGAUAGUGGAACCAAGAUUGACUGGAAUCUCAUAAGUGCUGAAAUCAAAGAAGCAGAAAUCAUGAGCGAAGAACUCUCAGGACUCGCCAGAGGAGGAACUAGCAGACCUGGUGAUGAAAUGGGAGCAUUCCGUCCUGAUAUAGUUGUUCCAAAAAUAAAAGAUGCCUACAUCCAAUGCCAAUGCAACAAUUUGGUAGAGUAUCUCGUGGCUCAACCAAAGUUUGUAUUUCCCACAAAGCUAGUUGGUUUAACCGAUCAUGAGAUGCAAAGCAGUGCAGGAAGGACAGCUCUUCUUUUUUCUCACCAUCAUCGCCUUCGGCAAGCGCCACCCAAAAUAAUCACAAAUGAAGGUAUCUCUCCGGCGAUGGCAAUCGCUAAUCUCGGUAACUUUACUGUCUUUCAGCCGAAACCUUUCCUCCGUGCCUGUUCGAUGCUGCUCGUGUCGCCAGAUUUGGCGACGAUUGCUCUUCUUCGGUUGGUAUCGCUUGUAGCAGCGGCAGGGCAUGCAUAUGCAAGCCUUGACCUAGGCGAUGUCAAUUAAUCGACUUCAGGUGGAAUGGAAAUCCACAAAUCAUUCAAUUUCUCUGAUCCUUCAUCAUCUACAGAGCCUAAAAUUUACCGUAAGUAGCCUGCAACAAUUUCAAGAUUAUUAUUUCUUUUUGUUCUUAUUUCAAUUUUGAAGAAUUAUAUAUUUCCAUUUUCUUUGAUUAUUUUUAUUGUAUUUGUUUGUGUGUCGAAGGUCAUUUGAAGCCGUUACUCUUCGAUAAAAAUUCACUGACUUA